CUUUACGCUUUUAUCUUUCUGUUUCUAACUGUUUCAACCACCGCUUGGUGACGGAGCAGUCGCUCUCACUGUGUUGUCGAAACCGGGCGGUUGUCUGGCGAUGCGGCAUCUUGGAAUUGGACGCACAGUUUUAUUCAUUUGCGGUACAAAUUGUUACAAUUAUUCACCUGCGUGCUGACAAAGUAGUUCUGACCUGGUGAUCCACUAAAUCCGAAUCAUGGCUGAGUAUCUCGCCUCCAUCUUCGGUACAGAAAAAGACAAGGUAAAUUGCUCGUUUUACUUCAAAAUCGGAGCAUGUCGACACGGAGACAGGUGUUCUCGAAUCCAUAAUAAACCCACUUUCAGUCAGACAUGCCUGCUUCAAAACCUCUACGUAAAUCCACAGAACUCCGCAAAGAGUGCAGAUGGUUCUCACUUGGUGGCAAACGUUUCUGACGAAGAAAUGCAGGAGCAUUAUGAUAAUUUUUUUGAGGACGUGUUUGUCGAGUGCGAAGACAAGUAUGGAGAAAUAGAGGAGAUGAAUGUCUGCGAUAAUCUCGGAGAUCAUCUUGUGGGAAAUGUUUACAUCAAGUUCAGGAGAGAAGAAGAUGCUGAGAAAGCAGUGAACGACUUGAAUAACCGUUGGUUUGGUGGUAGGCCAGUUUAUGCUGAACUUUCACCCGUUACAGACUUCAGAGAAGCUUGCUGCAGACAGUAUGAGAUGGGAUUAUCGAUCCCGGCUGGUGAAGGUGGACAAUUCAAGAAUGAAUCUGCUAUUGGCGAGUGUACGCGCUCUGGCUUCUGCAACUUUAUGCACUUGAAGCCUAUCUCUCGAGAAUUGCGCCGUUACCUGUAUAGUCGUAAAAAGGGCGGAAAAGGCAGUAGCGGAGGGGGCGGAGGUGGUGGUACUGGUAGCGGUGGAGCAGGCGGCGGAGGAGGGGGUGGGGGUCGUUCCAGGUCCCGAUCAAAGUCCCCGCGGGGACGUUCCGAACGCAAGCGUAGAUCUCGCUCUCGUGAAAGAAGAUCAAGAUCUAAAGACCGUAAUCGCAAGGGAAGGGAUGAUAAGGGACGAGAUGGGCGAUCUGGUCGCUAUUGAUUGGUAGGAUUGUAUUUUUUCCUGACACUUGAAUCAUUUAUUGUCUACUUUAAACAUAACUGGAUACAUCCAUAGCAGAAUUUUGUACGAGUAUCGUUCGAUCUCGAGCAGAUCAUAUUUCGAUAGUGGAUAAGUGCACGUUGUGCAGAAUUUUACAGCGUUAAUCGAAUAAAAUAUUGACCGUGUAAUCAUCGGGUUCAGCGAUUUACAUUUAAAAUGUAACUGUGUGUGUAUUGAAUAAAUCGAUUAUACUUAUAAGAAA